AUGUUGAACUUUGAUAAUCAAGCUGCUGGAGUAAGGAGGCUACUACAACUCAAUGAGCUGGAAGAGUUCAGGAAUCAAGCUUAUGAGAAUGCCAAGAUUUACAAGGAAAACAUAAAGAAGUGGCAUGAUCAAAAGAUAGCAAGAAGAGUGUUUGUAGAAGGUCAAAAAAUGCUACUGUACAACUCUAGGCUCAAGUUAUUCCCAGGGAAGCUUAAGUCAAGGUGGUCUGGGCCUUUCACCAUCCUUAAGGUGUCUCCCUAUGGUCAUGUAGAGCUCAUGGAAGACAAGAUGCAGAGGACUUUUACUGUGAAUGGCCACUGGCUAAAGCACUACUUAGGGGACUCUUUGGAGGAGCAAAGAGUGAGCUACAACCUUAACUAA